AUGGCUGCUUGGCUUGAUCUCGUCAGAGAGAAUGAAGUAUGGAACUUGGUGGAUACCAACCGCUUGGGAGAACUUGUGCAGGAAUUACCCUAUCCAAAAUGUCAAUAUCCAUCACUGCUGUAUUUUACCGGUAAUUCAAACCGCAUGAAAGCUUUGCGGGCUCUGUUUCCAUACAACAACAUCACACGCAAAGGCCCCGCAGGCUUGAUUCGUCUUCAUCUCAGCACCAAGACCGCUCAUACACAGAGUCCUAUAUUGUUUGCUGAAAGCAGUUUAUGCCUGGAGCACAGCUUGGGCGACUCGAAAUGGCUCAAGCAUUCAACGACAAAGCAUCGAAGCUUCUCUAUAACGGGCGCAGAAGGGCUGUUGCCCCCUGCAAGGCUACAACAAGAAGUGAAGAGGCAAAUUGUUUUACCAUGGACCCAGAUCCUGUGUUUGUUCCUCGAUUCCGCCGCUGACAUUCAGGCCGCAAGAAACUUACUCCAACAACCACGUCGACAGCUGACUAUUGGCAACGAGGGUAUUCCGGCUCCCACGCAGAUAGUCAUUGUCUUGACCGACGGCAAGCAUACAACAAAAGCCUUCACACAAGAAUACGCACAGCUCCAAAAGAUGAUCUUGAUCCUCAAGCAACUAGGUAUAGUCCAGGCCGAGCAACUAUCAGCUUGUCGGCGGUUCUCAGCAAUUCACCUCUGUGCUUUCUGGAACACCCAUGUACAAAGCCACCAACGGCUCCUGGAUGCACCGCCAUUUGAUCUUUUGGCAAGAGCCCGAAGUGACUAUACGAGAAAUGACACGAUGGCCGAUUGUCUUCGAGAGGUCACUCAAUAUAAAACAUCCGUUAGCUGCUCAAAGGAGGACUUUGAUGAUCUUGUAGCUACGGCUUUCUUGAUGGAUGCCUACCCCCCUGGAAUGCAUGGUUUCUCGCCCACCUUGGUGUUCGCCGCGCUUUAUGAGAAAUUAUGUCUCGGCAUCUGGGACGAAAGGUUCCAGAGCCAUAUUGCUGGCGUUUCAUUCCGCUUCGUGCAAUAUUUCUGGCAGUUGAGUGCUGUGAGGACUUCAGCAGCCAUUCGAAAGGAGACGUUGCAUCGCUUGUAUCGCCGGUGGGGUGGUCUUCGUUCCACCACUACUUGCUUGGUCUGUCUGUGUCGACCCCCGGAGCAUAUGCUCCCCUGCAAACAUGCAAUAUGUGACACCUGCAUCGUGAUCUUCGGAAAUCCAAGUUCGCUUGGGGAGUAUCAUUUCGAGGUCGCUCAAUGCCCUAUCUGCGACGAGAGGUCCAACGUCACUGUCCGCCAACUACCUCCAACUAAGCAUCCGGUGAUUCUCAGUUUAGAUGGCGGUGGAGUGCGCGGUCUGAUUCAACUAGGCCUUCUACAAGCUUUAGAAAGGCGCAUUGGUGUUCCGAUCGCAUCUCUACCAGAUCUGUGCACUGGAACUAGU